AAUUCCACUGAGGGAGGCUGGCACGGAUCUGUAGAGCAAGUGGGCCCCGGACGGUCGGAGGUGCCUUGGCGAACAUUCCCCCGCACCGAGGGCUGUCCAUUGUAGCUCCUGCACCGGCCGCUCCCCGUGGGGGCGGAUGCUUGUGCCAGGCGGGAGAGAAGCGUUGCCAGAAUACUAUGGACAAGAACUUUCAAGAAGAGUUUACCCAAAUUGUUAAAUUUGAACCUCCUUUGUACAAACAACGCUACCAGUUCGUUAAAGAUUUAGUGGAGAAAUACAAACCUAAGAAGGUGGCAGAUUUAGGAUGUGCUGAUUGCACCCUUCUCUGGAUGCUGAAAUUCUGCAGUUGCAUUGAAGUGUUAGCUGGGCUAGAUAUCUGUGCAAAUAAAAUGCAAGAGAAAAUGCAUACAUUGUCUCCUCUUCCUGUUGAUUAUUUGCAACCAUCUGAAAGAUCCCUAACUGUUACCUUGCAUCAUGGUUCAGUUGCUCAUAAAGAUCCUUGCAUGCUUGGUUUUGACUUGGUGACAUGUAUUGAACUAAUAGAACACCUGGAAGAAUCAGAGCUGAAGAAGUUUCCUGAAGUAGUGUUCGGUUUCAUGGCUCCAAGCAUAGUUGUGAUCAGCACUCCAAAUUCUGAAUUUAACACUUUGCUUCCAGGAGUGAAAUUAUACAGGCAUCCAGACCACAAAUUCGAGUGGAGCCAAGCACAGUUUCAACGCUGGGCUCUAGAGACUGCUAGAUGCUAUGAUUACUCAGUGGAAUUUAGUGGUGUUGGGCACCCACCAACAGGAAUGGAGAAGAUUGGGUUUUGUACCCAAAUAGGUGUGUUUCUUAGAAAAUAUCCUCAAACUGGUGAAUCUGUUCAGUCUGAGAAACCCACUGAAGCAGUUUACAAAACAGUCUUCAAGGCAGUGUACCCAAGUCUUAAAGAUGAGAAGUACUUGCAGAAUGCAGUAAUCAGAGAAGUUAUUUUCACAGCUGAAAUCAUUAAGCACCGUUUUAUGUCAAAACGUGAGGAGUACAGUGAUGAUCCUGAGAGAAAACCCAAAUCCCAACCACCAGUGGACUGUUUUUCUGACUAUCUUGGAAAACUGGUUAUUGAAAAAAACAUGGAACCGUUUGUCAGUGGAAAUGAGGUUUACAUACCUCUUACAACAAUCUUUUCUUGUCCCAAAGUGAAAAGACUUUGUGGUACCUUUGAAAAGUUAUGCAAGCUUAUUGCUGGCAAGGUCACACUGAGCAGUGAUGGUUCUGCUGUGAUGUUCAAUAUUGAACAUGAAAAUGAAGAGGAUUAGAUCACAGAUUUCUAACACAAAGUUCAGUUGAAAUAAUUAAAGUGGUUUUUUUUAGAAGCUGUCAAAUGGUAUGUUCUCUAUGCUAACACAGAAUCUUUUCUAACCUUCCAUCAGUGGUAUUUAUCUGUCAGCACCUCUCAUUGAUUCAAGGUGAGUGCUUCUGACAAAUGUAACAGUAACUCAUAGGGGUUUCAAGUAGAGUAUCAGGGGCUAAAAGAAAAUAAUUAGUUCCCAAGAAGAAAAUUAGGUGUUUGUUUGCUUCUAUUGCUUUAUUAUAGCUUUCAUUUCUAGGUUAUUUCUGGUACUCUUUUGUUAGCUUCAAGGAUAGUUUUACCAUCUACUGUGUUGUGCUAAAUAAUGUGAGUCAGACAUAAGUUUAGGGCAAGUUUUUUCUCAAUUUCUAUAAAAUUUGUAGAUGUCUUUUUUAAGAUGACUACAUACUCAGCCUCAAUGAAAACCAAAUGUUGUUCCAACUGAAUUGAAAUAUGAAACUGGCAUCUUUGUUCUGUUCUUGAAAAAAAAUUUAAAAAAUUAAAGAACUGCAGUAAUUGUGAAUGCUAGCCUGCGCCUGGUGUACCUGAAAACUUUUUGUGUUUUUACGUGCAGGUGUUGUUCAAAACUAUAAAAUCCAAAUAGAGUAGAUGGAAAAAAUUUAACAAGAACAAAAGCCCACAACACAACCAAAAAUCCCAUCCAACAUCAAGAAAAGAGUGCAGUAUCCUGAAUAUAAGGGAAAUUAUGUGGUUAUCUAUUGUUUGGUUAUGGUCAGAAUAGUUGAACAGUACUUCUGAUCAGUGAUCUGAAUUAAAAAUUUUCCUUCUAGGUUAGAAGAAUCGUAUUUAAAUGACACAUUUUCCUGAUAAUACAGAUGUCACUUUGUGAUAACACAGAAGCAGAAAAAAGCAAAGCAUUUUAAAAAGCAGUCCUUAACUGGAAGAAAAGCUGAAAUGGACUCAAACUUCCAGUUAAGUUUGUAAUUUUUUGCAUUAAAAAAGAAGAGUCAAUUGUUUAGGAACAUCUUCCAAGCUGAAGAUGUGAGUUUAUUGAAUGUCUGAGAGAUUUGUAUUUAAAUACAGUUUAAAAAACACAUAAUCCACCAGUACAUCCCAAACAGUUUACAACACGGAAGUCUCUAGUAUUCAUAUAACAUACUUUACAGAAACGAAAAUACAGCACCUAAAUGUGAAGGUUAUGUUCCACUUACAUAAUGCACAAUUAGAUUAUCACUUUAUGAAGAGCUGUAAGUCAAGAAAGAAGAAUAAAUUACUAAGGUACAGUUCUAUGAAAAGCUGGAUUUCUGUGUCAACUUUCCUGUUAUUUAAAAGAUCUGCUAAGGCAAGAAAAUACUAUUACUAGUAAACAAAUUAUCUAAUCUAGGACCACUAGCUGUUGUUUAACAUAAAAUGCAAUGGGCCAUGGAAAUUCCCUUGAGAAUUACAUAAGUAGCUGUACAGUGUUUUUUAAAAAUCUCUUUUCCUUAAACUACAUGUAGUUUUCCUAGUAAAUGUAAGUAAAACUACCAUUUGACUACUACUAGUUUUAAUAGAUUUGUCAACUAGUAUAGCAGCGUCAAAGAGUACUGAAAGCAAAGAAUGUAUUCAAAUUUCUGGCAUCUUUGGCUUGCAAUGGGAUUUUUUUGUAUGAAUUAGUUAUAUAACAGGAAAGGAGACUACAAUAUUCUGAGAGAGAGUUGUAUACCAGCAGUUGAGUAGUUUCUGUUUAAAAUUCCUGUGGAGAACAGAAACUGAUAAUACCACACUUCUUUUAAGAGCAGCUAAAAUAGAAUCUUUGUAUUAAUUCUUUUAGCUAAUUUGUUCACUCUAAAGCUAUUAUAAUUAACAGUAGAAAUAAAAGUAUGCAAGUACCAAAACUGAGAAAUCGCUCAUAUUCAUCAUAUUCAAUAAAAGCAUUCUAACUUUGAAAGCUGAAAUUUUCUUAAAAUAGAAGUAAAAAUUUAAUAAUUAUACUAUGGAUUUCUGGGGGGAAAAAAGUCUGCUUUUCCUAAUUUAACCUAUUAAAUAUGGCCCACUUUUACAUCAAUUAAAAAGAUGUCAAACAUGACUGAGCAAAAUUUGAAGCAUUCUGAGCUUUCAAAAGUGGCCACACUAAUAUUUAUUCCAGGCCUUAACUGAUAAACAGUAUCACUAAAUGU